CCCGUCCAAAAUUUGCAAUAACUACACCUUCAAACACACUUACCACGGCCUAAAAUGGCCAGCCAACACUUCCUCCCUCCUUUGUGUUCUCCAUGAACUUCUUCUCUAUCAUCAUCUCCCAACUUAUCUCUCAACACCUACCCAUCAAUAGCCGUUGUUCAGGGACCAUGGUACCUCUCCAACGCGUCCUUGCUGUCGCGCUUUCUACCAUCACAGAUCCACCCGCAGACGACCCUAUUUUGCAAUGUCUUGACCGCAACCGUGAGACCCUCCGUGAUCUCAUUUUUAAUGCCCCGGAUGAAGCUAUUCGGCUCUCAGAUGAGCGUCUACGUGUGUUUCCUUUCAAAAACGUGGAGAUUUGUUGGAGACGACUCUAUACGGAUGCUAGCAUCGUCAAGGCUUGCCUCAGUGUCUGUGACAAUUGUGGGCUUUUGUCGCGGGGCGCAGAAAGAAAUGGGAGCUAUAAUUCCAUACCUCACUUAAUCGAGGAGCUGAAUAAACACAAUCCAGAGAAAGGGGAGAGUGGAUCGCUCAAAAUCGACCCGAAUGCUCCGUGGCUGUCGCCAACGGUUCAUCUUCUUGAUAGAGCACUGAUUAUGACUGGUGCGCCGCUUCGCGAAAGCCUCGUGGAGUCUCUUUUGUCUGCCCUGCAGGAAGCGACUGAGUCUUUGAACACGGACACUGCUUCGCUGGACUCACCUGACGAUUACGACACCCUGUCGCGAGCGGCUAAGAGGCGGAAACGCUCCUCUCCGCUGUUCCCUCCCAAUGCUGUGCCAGCGCCGAACCUGAGCCAUCCGGUUCCUUGUGUUUCAGCCCCAACAUUUGAUGCUAUGGAGGAACAUAUCCACACUGUUAGGACUCCUUUGGUUAUUACGGAUGCGGUAGAUCAUUGGCCAGCAUUGUCGAAUCGGCCAUGGGCGUCUCGUGAUUAUUGGUUUGAUCGGACGUUUGGUGGUCGAAGGCUUGUCCCUGUGGAAAUUGGCAGGUCUUAUACCGACGAGGGAUGGGGACAGCGUAUUAUGACAUUCAAAGACUUCACCGAGAGGUAUAUCUGGAGAGAAGAGUCAAGUUCGUUGAUGAAGGAGAAGCGGGGGGAUGAAAGCGAAGAAGAUGACAGUGCAGGACAGACGGGUUAUUUGGCACAACACGACCUACUCUCCCAAAUUCCAGCUUUGCGGAAGGAUAUCUCCACACCCGACUUCUGUUAUAUCGAUGCCCCUGGCCCGGAGCCUGGUACCCCAGUGUACAUAAAGAAGCAGCAAGAGCGGGCGGAAAAGCGCAGAAAUGCGGCCGACGCUAUCCCUGAUCAACUGCAGGACAACGAUGAUGAACCAUCUGACGUUAGUCCCCCGAGUGACCCGAUCAUCAACACUUGGAUUGGCCCUUCGUGGACGAUAUCGCCGCUUCACCAUGAUCCCUACCAUAAUAUUCUGGUUCAGGUUACGGGCACCAAGUAUAUCCGUCUCUACUCGCCCCAUACCCCGGCGUCGCAGAUCUAUCCCAAGGGAAUGGAAGCAGUCACUUCACAAAAAAGAAAUAGCCACCCUGACGCAGGGGCACUUGUUCAGAAUUCGACCCAACUUAUCGACAUGUCUAAUACAUCCCAAGUUGAUCUGGCCGCUAUCGAGCUUUCUCCAGCUGAAUCAGAACAAUGGGAAGCUAUGUGGCCUGGAUUUCAACAAGCACAGUACGUUGAAACGGUUCUUAGAGAGGGCGAAUGCAUAUAUAUCCCCGUGGGAUGGUGGCAUUAUGUCCGUAGUCUGAAGGCAGGGAUCAGCGUCAGUUUCUGGUGGUAGGCCACUGAUCAAUAGAGGGAUGCCUAGUUGUGUCGGCUGCUCUAUUUGCACGUUUUGAUUUCAGUUUACACCGUCCCGUCAUGUACAUACCGACCAACGACUAGGUUCACUCAUCCUGGGAAACAAGAGGGUUUGAUCGGAUGGUAAUAACUACCUGGAUAGUCUGCUCAGUGACCAAUUACGAUGAUAAUACAAGC